AUGACCGAUCUACACGACAGAAAUACAAAUGCCGGAGAAGAAGCGCCGAAAGGCUCAUCACCACUGAAGGACUCCUUUGAUGUAUCGUUAUCGUUUGUGGACGGAGAAGAAAUAGUUGAAGAUUCGUAUGAUUCCUUUGAUGAUAGCGAAAAUAAAAGAAAUAUCGAGUCACUUGCGAGCAAGAACGAUGAAAAAGUGGAAACGGAGAUUCACAAUGAGGCAAACGAUUCCUUUGAUUCAAUCCCGGAUAGCAUUCCAGAGCAACAUGGUAUUGAUGUUCUUGAAGCCUCGCCGCCCUACGGAUCUGCUGCUGGUGACUCGUCAAAAAAACUGGUUAUUUCCAACGUUUCUGCGAAUAUAAAGUUAAAUGAGCCGCUAUCAACGGACGUUGACUCAUUUAACGAUGGCCAAGCAACACCAUCUUUGGAACGACCAGCAGAAGAGUCAACGAUAUUAGAAGAGCCGAUCGCAGAAGAAAAAGGAUCUAGAGAUAGGCAAGCUUCACCACCAAAUAAACAGCCAGAAUUGAUUGUGAAAACUUUGAAAAAACAUGAAGAAUACGACUCAUUCGACGACUCGCCACUAAAGGAACACCCUGAGACUUCCAAUAAUUUGGCGAUGACUGAAAAGAAGAUAUCGAAUGAUUCAACCAUAUCGAAACAAGCGACUCCUAGCGAACAAUUCCAAGGAUUUGUUUGCGCAAAUGGAGAUAAAAUCUCGAUAAACCCAAAGCUCCUUGAAGAGUCAAAAAGGCUUUUAUUCACUACGUUGGAGGGAGAGAACUGCGACCCAACGGCUGGCGAUGACAAUAGAUUUGAAUCUCCACAGCAUCAAGUAAAAAGCUAUGCAUCAUUUAGUUCUACAAGAUCCGGAUUUAAUUCUCCAGUUUUCCGCUCAUUUCCAUCUCCGAAUCCUUUAUCUGCCAAGCGGGGAAGAUAUUCGGCGAGCACUUUCAGAAGCCCAUUGGUGAUGAAAACUGAUUCCUCACCUGCAAUAAAAAAGUCUCUAAGUGAAAGCAACUUUGUUUCAUCUUUUGAACCAUCGAAGCUACCCGGAAGCACAAAAAUUAACGGAAAUUUGACGGAACCGCUUAGCAUCGACGAGGCACUUUUGUCUUUGACGUCCGAGAACUUCUUUUUAAUUCAUGAGCUGUCGAAGAACAAUUGUGCAAGGAAAGCCAUUGUCAAGAUUCAAAUCAUGAAGUUCCUUACCGAACCUUUCGCUAUGUUUUGUCAAGUAUGCGAGAGUUGUGAAUGCGAAAUGAAUGUAGAUAACAGAUGCCCUAGAUGUAAAAGCGAAAAGGGGAAAUAUCGUUAUUCUUUUGAAGUAGAGAUUAAUGAUUCAUCGAUGACCAUUCUUCAAUGUCGAUUUGGUGAUGAUGCGGGAAGACAACUUUUCGACAACGACGCUGAUGUAAAACAUAAAUUAAUGAUGGAAGAUAUUGAUAAAUGGUAUGCCGAUAUUUCUUCAACCAGGGGAAAAUACUUCUUACUCGAGCUGAACAUAUUACGAAACCCCAAACGAGCGAUUUACAUUGCACGUGGUAUAAGCCACAAAAUGGAUCAUGACGGGAUUGCGCAAAUUGUGAAGCAGAAGAUUUCAGCGAUGUUAACAGCCGUG